AUGCUUCAAGAACUAACCCUGGCGGAUGUGCAGUCGCACAGUACGAAAGAGGAUUUGCACUUUAUCAUUCGUGGAAACGUUUACAAUGCUACUGAAUUUGUGGACGAGCACCCAGGCGGUCCAGAACUGCUGCUCGAUGUAGCUGGCAAAGAUGCUACAGAGGCGUACAACGAUGCUGGCCAUUCGGAAGAAGCAGACGAGAUCCUGGGUGAUUUCUUAAUCGGCACUAUCAAGGCAGAAUCAGCUGCUCAACCUUCGUCUCCAAUAAAAGUGGUAGAGCAGGCGAUUCAAUCACUUUCACUCACAGAAGGCACCACACCAGGGGUGCUGAAGCCCGACGAAUUCCAAGAAUUUGAACUCCAGGAGAAAACUGUUGUCUCCCACAAUGUCGCUAUAUACCGCUUCAAGCUCCCCACCCCCGAAGCUAUCUUUGGCUUACCAAUUGGCCAGCACAUCUCCAUUGGAGCCCUUCUCCCCCAGCCCGAUGGAUCUUCGAAAGAAGUUGUACGCUCCUAUACACCUAUUUCCGGUGAUCACCAACCAGGCUACUUCGACCUGCUCGUCAAAGCCUACCCUCAGGGCAACAUCACACAACAUAUCGCCUCGCUCGCAAUUGGCCAGAAUGUCCGCGUUCGGGGACCGAAAGGAAACUUUACUUACACUCCCAAUAUGGUUCGUCUUUUUGGCAUGAUCGCUGGUGGCUCUGGGAUCACGCCCAUGCUGCAGAUUAUUCGAGCUAUCAUGCGUGGCCGUGUGAGUGGUGAUAAGACUGAGGUUGAUCUUAUUUUUGCCAAUGUGAAAGAGGAAGAUAUCCUUCUGAAAGAUGAUUUGGAUGCGCUGAAUAAGGAGGAUCCUGGUGUGAGGGUCCAUUAUGUGUUGAAUGACCCGCCCGAGGGAUGGACCGGUGGAGUUGGGUUUGUCACAAAGGACAUGAUUUCUCAAUGGCUUCCGAAACCGGCUGCGGAUGUCAAGAUCUUGCUUUGUGGUCCUCCUCCGAUGGUCAGUGCUAUGAAGACAGCCACAGAGAGCCUAGGAUAUGAGAAGGCCCGGCCUGUCAGCAAGCUGGAGGAUCAGGUUUUUGCUUUCUAG